UAUGUAAUUACAAAUAUUAAGUUCUAAAAUUCACCAUAAGCUCUUUAUUAUAUGCAUUAUACUAAGGUUUUUUAAGGUCAAUGAUUUUUUUUACUCAACCGUUUAUUCUAAUAUAAUAUUUUGUUAACUUGAUAUUAUUAUUAGACCACACAAUAAGGUAAAUUUGUGUAAACAGUAUACUAUAAUAGUUACGUAACUACAAAUAUAUUAUAUAAACUUAUGUAGGGGGUAUUUAUUUCUUAUGUAUCACUUAAACAAAACGUAUUGUGUAAUUAUUCCAUAAUUAUUCGCAAAUAUACGUUUGAACUCUUUUUAUGUAAUAGUUUAAUAAAAUUGAUAUUUUUCUUAGCUUGAUUUUAUCAUUAGACCAUACAAUAUGAUAGAUCUUUGUAACACUAUUCUAUAAACUUUAUGUAAUUACAAAUAUAUUAUAUAAAGCUCCAAAAUUCACCAUAAGCUCUUUAUUAUUUGCAUUAUACUAAGGUUUUGUAAGAUUAACUUCACUUAACAGAGUUUUCGUUAACAUAAGUUUGAACUAUUUUUAUGUAAUAGUUUAAUAAAAUUUGAUAUUUUUAUUAACUUGAUUUUAUAAAUAGACCCCAAAGUAUCAAAAAAAAAUUAACACUAUUCUAUAAAAGUUAUGUAAUUACAAAUAUAUUAUAUAAAGCUCCAAAAUUCACCAUAAGCUCUUUAUUAAAUACAUUAUACUAAGAUUUGGUAAGGUCAAUGAAUUUUUAAAUAAGAGUUUAUUCUAAUAUAAUAUUUUGGUUAACUUGAUUUUAUUAUUAGACCGCACAGUACGAAAACUUGCGUAACAGAACACUAUGACAGUUAUGUUUAUAAAUACAUUACAUAAAACUUAUGGAUGCAGUAUUUAUUUCUUAUGUAUCACUCAAACAAGACAUAUUGGGUAACCAUACCGUAAUUAGUCGGUAAUAUAAGUUUGAACAAAAAUUUAUUUAUUAUUAACUAAAUUGUUGAUAGCUCAUCAAUUUACAUUACAUGAAUGUUCUGUAAGGUAACUUAUUCUUUUACAUUACCAUUUAAUCAUGAGACACUAUAAAAUUUAUAGAGGGAUAUCUAUUUUUUAUAUCAGUUAAACAAACGUAUGACAUAUGUCAUUCCUAAUGGUAAAGAUUUUGUAAACAUGAUAUUGUACCCCAAUAAUUUUUUGAAUUAUUUAAUUUCAACUUAAUUAUUAAAUAAGUGGAUGAACUCUUAAAAAUAAUUGAUUUCUUACCGCUGCGAAGUGCGGGCAAAAGACUAGUAACAUUAAAUGUAUAAAUUUAGGUUGUACCACAAAGGAAUUUGUAUCAUUAUGUUAUGGUACAACUUUACAACUUGAUGUUGUACCAUCACAUAAAGGUACAAGUUCAAGUUGUACCAUAAAAGAAUUUGUACAAAAAGUAUAGUACAAUUUGAAGUUGUACCAUAACGUUAAAGGUACAAUUUCAAAUUGUACCAUAUAGAUAAAAAUCUAUAGCACCAAUACUAUAUAACAUUGUAAAAUUCCUCAUUUAAAUAGUUCUCCAAAUACAAUGUUAUGCUUGUUGCAGUUGACCAAAUACACGACGAAGGAAGCUUCAAGCUGCUUCAUUAGCAACAAGAACCACACCCAGGAUGCCAAAGUAACAUUUCAAGGGAAUGAAUACUGUAUUCCUGCGUGGUCGGUCUCCAUCUUCUCCGACUGUGCCCACGAGGCAUACAACACCUUCAAACUCACCACCCAAACAUCCAAGCCAAGCCCAACCAAGUCCAAGCCAAGCCCAGCCGGCCUUUCUGAAAUGGUCCUGAGGCCAGAGUACCUCCACGAUAUCGUAGUUUUUGGCCUGGGAAAGAUCUCUACCCAUAAGAUUGUUGAUCAGAAAGACAUGACCGACGAUAAGAGUGAUUACCUUUGGUACAUGACCACGUAAGUACCAUAAUUAAUAAUAAUUUAAUGACCUGCACGCAAUUGAUGAAUCCUUGAUUUUCUAGUCUCCACUUAUAUAUCUUUUCCAGUGUCCAUGUCGGUCCGCAUGAUCUAAUUCAUGGUCAUAACGUGUCUCUUCGAGUCAAUAACACAUGGCAUGUUCUUCAUGCCUAUGUUAACGGGCAUUGUCUUGGUACGUAACAUUCUGAUUCCGGAACAGCAUUUAAUGUGAAAUCACUUGUUCAAGGACAAGUUGCUAAUGUUUUGUGUACUUAAUUAAUAUUUUUUAUAUAUUGGGUUGGGUAUACAGGCACCCUAUACAACGAGAAGAAUGUAUUUGAGGGAAGCGUGGAGUUAAAGUUUGGAAAGAAUGUAAUUGCUAUAAAGAACCAGGAAAUCAAACGAAAACGAACAGCAGAAUUUAACGUGGUAUCCCUGACAGCACAAGACUAAUCCACGGGAGAGACGACACUCUCCAAACAACUUCACUAUAAUCAAAUCGGCUGACCCUAGUACAGAGGAUGGCUUGGCAAUAUAUAGUCUAUGGAGAUACACGUACAUGACAUAUUACAUAAACACACCAGACAUAUGGCAAGUUACAAGUUGGUACCCAAACUAUAAACUUCAACACCCUCCCUCAAAUUGAUGUGCUGUACGCAAAUUCAAUUUGGAUGACAGAUACCAAUGCCUGCUUGAUGAGACAGCCUUCGUCAAAAGAUCUGUUGUCUGGUCUUUUGUAGAUAGGUGCCCAACUUGUAUCAAUCCAUCUGCCACCAGUUGUCUAAUGUAAUGAACGUGGACGUCAAUGUGCUUGGUCCUGUCAUGUAACACAGGAUUAACUGCAACUAUAUUGCACUCGUGUUAUCCCCAUAUAUCCUCAUUGGGAUUCGACAUUCAACCCCCAAUUCACUCAGAAGACGAUGAUGCCAAACCAUAUCGGAACUCACCUCAGACAUAGACUGAUACUCCACUUCAGUUGAUGACUUCGAUACUCGAUCCUGUUUACGACACUUCCAAGAUACAAAGGACUGACCGAUCCUGACACACCAUCCUGACGUUGACCUGCGAGUAUCUAAACAACCAGCAUAAUCAGCGUCAGCGAAUGCCUCAAUGGUCAGAUCACUUGUUGCUGGAAAGAACAACCCCACAUCCUGUGUCUGCUUGAGAUAACAUAGAAGUCUAUGAACCGCGGCCAAAUGGAAAUGCGUCGCUACACCCACAUACUGACUCACCACCUGAACAUCAUAAGAAAUAUCAGGUCUUGUG